GACCAAAUGUCCCUAAGGUCUGCGUCCAGUUACUGACGAAGAUUGAAGGCUGGAGAAAGGAGAGAAAGGCAUUCCCAGUGAUGGGAUGGCAGGACUACCUGGCAGCUGUCAGGCAGGCAACGUCUUACCUUGAAGAACGUAUUGUACAACUGGCGUCAUCGUACCUUCACGAUGAGGGGGAGAUCAUUUACCUUCGCUACGAAAGUCACUCGUUGGUGGUGCUGGACUCCCAGUGGUUAUUCACGUCUGUUUUCGGAUCCUUGCUCGCCCCCGACCACUUCCCUAUCGACAAGGUCGAGAGAACUGCCGAGGACUACGUCACCAUUGAUGAGAUCACUCGAGUAUUCAGCGCAGUAGCCGACAUCCCUCUGCUGAUCAAACUCCUCGAGGACUUCCAGCUCUGCCACACGUACGACGGUCGCACCUUCAUCCUCCCCAGCCUGCUGCAGCAGGAGAUGGAAGAGGCGGCGUGGUCUCCUGUGUCUAGCAAGGCUGUCUACUUCGGUCUGCAAAUCCGAUGCCGCACGGAGAUCGACAGCUUCUCGUGCGACCUGUUCCCGCGGCUGCAGACGCUGCUGAUGCAGGCGCACCCGGACAAGCUCAGUCGGCCGCUCUUGUGGAAGAACAGCGCCAAAUGUACCGACGGGAAGGCCGAAGCGCUGCUGCAGAUCACACAGGAUAAGAGGCAGCUCAACAUCUUCGUCAGGAGCAACGAUGACAACAGGGAGGACUGCGACUCCAUCAUGGACCUCCUGAAGGACAUGACGUACCGCCUGCUGCACGAGACCAGCCCCGGAGCCAGGUCACGGGACAUGGUGGUCAGCGCCCUGGACCUCCGGGAACACAGACCGCAGCCUCACGCCUACAGCAGGGAAGAGGUGGAGGCGGCGGCAGCAAAGGGCGAGAACCUCGUCCAUCCUCAGAGGAACGUCCCAGAGAAGGUUAAGGAUCUCUUGCUGCAUCUCAAGAAUCUGAAAGGCAUGCUGGGACGGUUAGCCAAGAAGAGGCCGGAGCUGGUGGAGACCUUACGUCACAUCAACCCCAUCCUGGACCACCUCCGCGCUGAUGACGUCAUCAACUUGGAGGAGAACGACCGCAUCCGGGCUGCCAGGACUCCCCAGGAUGCAGCGCGCGAGCUGUUGGACACUCUGGAGACCAAAGGGGAAGAGACAUGCGUCCAGUUUCACUCAGUCCUUAAAACAUGCGACGAAUAUGCUUCCAAGCUCUUACAGUAGAGACACAUGUCCAGUGACAAGGGUUCAGCAAGAAGUUAGA